CUGUUUGUUGUAAGGCGACUAAUAACAGAGCAUACCAAACUUGGUCUUCGUCUUCUUCAUCCUUAUCUUCUCCAUCCUCUCCUCACUCUAUCUCUCCGUCGUAACCAAAUCAUUUCACAAUUCCGGUGAUCGCCUGAAUAAUCAACCAUUUUUCCAUAGAUGGCAACGUUUAACAGCUUCCGUAAAGCCGUCGGAGCAAUCAAAGAUUCCACUACCGUAAGUAUCGCCAAGGUCAACAGCGAAUUCAAGGAUUUGGAUGUUGCGAUCGUUAAAGCCACAAAUCACGUAGAAUCUGCUCCCAAAGAACGUCAUAUUCGUAAAAUAUUCUCGGCGACAUCUGUAGUGCAACCACGAGCAGAUGUUGCUUACUGCAUUCACGCAUUAGCCAAAAGAUUGUCAAAAACUCGCAAUUGGGUUGUCGCGAUCAAGGUGUUAAUAGUCAUUCAUAGAACACUAAGAGAAGGUGAUCCAACAUUUAGAGAAGAGCUUCUCAAUUACUCACACAGAGGACAUAUACUGCGAAUAUCGAACUUCAAAGACGAUACAAGUCCUCUUGCUUGGGAUUGCUCUGCAUGGAUUAGGACAUACGCGCUUUUUCUCGAGGAGCGGCUUGAAUGCUAUCGGGUUUUGAAGUAUGACAUAGAAGCAGAACGUUUACCGAAAGGUUCAGGUGCAUCUUCAAAGAACGGGGAUUUCAAUGCUUCUCAAACGUAUAGAACAAGGAUGCUCUCUGAUGAAGAACUGCUAGAACAGUUACCUGCAUUGCAACAGCUGCUUUACAGGCUUAUUGGUUGUCAGCCUGAAGGAGCAGCCUAUAGCAACUACCUAAUCCAAUACGCUCUUGCAUUGGUGCUUAAAGAAAGCUUCAAAAUAUACUGUGCCAUUAAUGAUGGAAUCAUUAAUCUUGUAGACAUGUUUUUUGAGAUGUCAAGACAUGAUGCAGUUAAAGCUCUAAAUAUAUACAAACGAGCUGGCCAACAGGCUGAAAAUCUGGCUGACUUUUAUGAAUACUGCAAAGGUCUAGAGCUAGCGAGAAACUUUCAGUUCCCGACCUUGAGACAGCCACCUCCUUCUUUUCUUGCAACAAUGGAAGAUUAUAUUAAAGAAGCACCUCAAAGUGGUUCUGUACAGAAAAAGCUGGAGUAUCAGGAAAAAGAGGAGGAAGAAGAACAAGAAGAAGAAGAGAACUCUGCUCAGCCAGAAGAAGAUAAAGAAGCCGAAAAUCAAAAUGAGAACACCGAAGGAGACCAGCCGCUUAUCGAAGAAGAAGAAGAAGAGGACAACGAAAAAAUAGAAGAGGAAGAUGCUAAACCUUCUUUCCUGAUAGACACUGAUGAUCUGCUGGGACUGAAUGAGAUAAACCCUAAAGCCGCAGAGAUAGAGGACCGCAAUGCAUUGGCUCUUGCAAUAUAUCCACCAGGUCAUGAAGCUCCAGGCCCAUCAAACAGUUUAAGUUUAAUAGAAACUGGUGGAUCCGGUUGGGAACUGGCACUGGUCACUCCUCAGAACAACAACAACAACAAUCCUCGCCCUGUGCCAAACACUAAACUUGCAGGAGGAUUUGACAAUCUAUUACUUGACAGUCUGUACGAGGAUGAUUCAGCUAGGAGACAGAUCCAACUAACCAAUGCGGGCUAUGGACAUGGUGGCAUAGAUACAACAGCAGCACCACCAAACCCAUUCCAGAUGCAACAAGAUCCUUUUGCAAUGUCCAACAACAUUGCUCCUCCCACAAAUGUUCAAAUGGCAAUGCAACAACAACAGCAACAACAGAUGAUGAUGAUGCAACAGAGUCCCUACAAUUUUACUCAUCCUCAUGAUCAUCAUCAUCAUCAGUUCUCAGCAGGUCCUUCUCCUUCUAAUCCUUUCGGAGACCAUUUCCUUGCCCUUCCACCUCCCCCAGGCUCAGCUGGUCCGCAACAAAACAACCAUCAUCAUAUGCUCCUAUAGAGUUACAAUAUCGCAGUUAAUAAUCUCUCCUUCUCUUGGUUACUUUUCCUUUUUUUGGUUUCAGUGUUUAGUUUGAUUAUAUAUAUAUAUUCAGGGUGUUAUUCUUUCAUUCUUUCUACUAGACAACUCUACUCGCUGAUGAUUUCUUAGCCAUUUUGUGCCCAUAAAUUAUGUGUCAUUUUGUCUCUGCCUGUUAUUAUCUUUCAGAACU